GAUCUGGUCGUAGGGUGCGGGGGAUCGAGAUGGACGCGUGCACGUGCUGGGAGGACGCGUCGUGUCACGGUCAAGUCACGGUUGUGUUCGUGUUGUCCAAGUCAAUCUGCCUCCGCCUGCGAUCUGCUUCCGCUCGCCACUACAGGCACCCCGCCAGGUGCCAUACACCCCACCCUGGACCCAUAAACCACCCCAUAUCAGGCCUACUUUCUCUAUUACUUAUCACCCGGCUCACCAUUGUUCGCCAAAAGCGGCUACCGUUGGCCCAUUGUGCCGCGCGCGAGCCCGCCUGCCAUGGCUGAGUUUCAAAAUAGCCGACCGCUGCACAAAGCGGCCGCGCUGCGCGUCGACUUUGACGUCUCACUCGUCGACUGUGAGGUGGAGAGAAUACGCGCGAUGAAGAUAGAGGACGAGGUCGUGCCAGAUAGCGAAGAGGAGCGGCUCCAGCGUUCCAAAGCGAAGAGACGCGGACUUGCUGAUGGGCAGAGAGUAGACGUGAUUGAAUUGGCUUCUGAUGAAGAGGAAGAGGAGUACAUCCCUGUUCGUCGGCACGGUGCUGGCAAGACCCCUCGUGCUCGUCGCGUUGUACAGAGCACUGACUGUGAGAGCUCUGAGAAUGAGCCUGGAGAUGGCGCAAAGUCUGCUUCUCAGACGCAGCUGCCACAACGCACUAUCGCUCCCCGAACUCCGGGGAAGAGCACGGGUCCAGUCAUCGACCUGACUCUCAGUUCUUCGGAGAGUGAUGGCGAGGACAUUGUACCAGCGAAGGGCAAGGCGUCGAAAACGCAGGCCUCACGACCAACAUCGCGAAACGCUACGUCCCACGGGCUCCUCUCGUCGCAGGACGGCGAGAAUAAGUCCACCAUUCCCUUGUUUGCUGACGGAGACUCAGAUGACGAUGACCCAAUGAGCGUGGACGACGGCUCAGUUUUAAUAUUCAACGAACCACGGAGUGCGCGCAAGCCACUUCGCACGACAAACCUCACUUACCCUUCUCGCAACCCGCCCUCGAGCUCGGCACCCUCCACGCCCAGACGCCGCAUCGUGUCUAUCCACUCAACUGACUCGGAGGAGUCAGACACCGACGCAAAGUCGGAGGCCAGCGCGCGCUCAGCGAAGCCGGCUCCUAAGCCGAAAAAGACAAAAGCGACCAAGGCACCAAAGCUGAGCCAGAGGGCUUUGGAGGCGGCAGAGCUACAGCGGCGAACGACGUAUGCGAGGACGUUCUUCGAGGAGAUGAACAGGGAGAUAUUCGGCUGUGGUUUGCCGAGCAAGACCGAAUUGAAGUGGAACAAGAGAAUGACGUCGACCGCCGGCAAGGCAUCGUGGCACAAAACCAGGGACGGCGCGCAAACCACUCAGAUCGAGUUGGCUGUCAAGAUCCUCACUGACGAUGAACGCAUCCGGAAUACGCUUUCGCAUGAGAUGUGCCACCUCGCCAGUUGGGUCAUCAGUGACGCUCCUUCAGAGACCCACGGUGACAUCUUCCAUGGAUGGGCGAGGAAAGUAAUGCGUGCUCGUCCUGACAUCGAAGUGACGACGAAGCACAACUACGAGAUUGACUACAAGUACGAAUGGAAGUGCCAAGAAUGUGACAAGAUCUAUGGUCGUCAUAGCAAGUCGAUCAACCCCGACGAGUGUGUAUGCGGCGCAUGCAAGGUCGGGAAACUCAUCCCAAUGUUCCCUACAACACCACGUGUACCGAAGACACCUCGAAGGAAAGCCGGCAGCGCUAUGGCUUCUGUUAAGGGUCGCGACUCGCCUCUGACGAUAUCAUCUCCCAUCGUCAUUCAAGACGACGAGGUAGAAAUGACCGUCAAGGUCCAUAUUACCCAGGAGACACCAACUCGCACAUGGGCGAAGACAACGAAAACACAGGCUGUCCCAGGGGCAUUCCCUCUUGAUGAUGACGAGGACGACGGAGAAGACGACGUGCAGCUGCUCACGUGUGUCUUGGGAGGUCUCACGAUUUGAUUUGGGGUAUUUGAGGAAACGGAUUCUGGAUGGAAGAUACAUAUCUUGUGUGCUGAAUCUUGUCUAUAUGAUCUAUCUACUGCGUAGGAAAGGAUGGUCAACUGUGUAUUCGAAUCUGUAGAGUCGUGGACUAGUACUGUGUACACCACUUCAUAUCUUUUCACAUAAUGCUUUGACCAGCGAUGUCAUAUCUUGAUCCUUCCUCUCA